CGCGUCCGCAUCCUUCCCUCAGGUGAUAAAGAGUGAAGAGGGAGAGGUCGAGCAGAUGGCGGAGCAGCAGCCGACGUCGCAGAGGGUGGUGAAGGGGGUGGCGGCGGCGACCAUUGGCGGAUCGCUGCUGCUGGUCUCGGGGCUGACGCUGGCGGGGACGGUGAUCGGGCUGGCGGUGGUGACGCCGCUGCUGGUCAUCGUCAGCCCGGUGCUGGUGCCGGCGGUCAUCGCCGUGUUCCUCCUGGUGACGGGCUUCGUCACCUCCGGCGGGUUGGGGGUGGCGGCGCUCUCGGUGCUGUCCUGGUUGUACAAGUACCUCACCGGCAAGCGCGUACCGGGGUCCGAGCAGCUGGAACAAGCACGGGCCCGGCUCGCCUCCAAGGCCCGCGACGUCAAGGAGUCCGCUCAGCACCGCAGCGAGCAGGCCCAGACCUCCUAGAUAAAUAAAAAUCUCCCCUCGCUUCACUUUGUCCGGUUGGAGCUUGCACACUGCCACUGGAUUCUUGGGACCUUCGAGAUCUUAUUCGCUUCUUCUAUAUUCUACUGUUUCUAUGUUUUAUCAAGUGUCUUCGUGGAUAUCCUUUAUUUGCAGCUGUUUCUCCUCGUAGCGUGAGUGUUGUUGGGUGCUGAGGGUGAUAAAGUUUACUUGCUUUAGUUUGGUAUAUACCUGUUCUCUCCUAUUGCCGACAUUGUUGAAUAAAUUGUGGUUGCUGUUUGUAUGAUCUUAUUAUGGGACUGUAGAUCCGUUUAUAUGCAAUAUAAUAUGGGAUGGAUGUUUGGUUUUUA